GAACACAAGCGCUCAGUCACGAAUGGAACUUCCUGUUGCUAACCGCCAUCCUCUCGGUUGUUUUUUUCCACAGAGAAUGGAUUAUAACAUAAACAGUUAACUUUGAGGAUCAUGUGUCGUCGCAUAUCGUACUAGUGAGUACUGGUAUUCGUUCCUGCUCACCCACUCAAAGAAGAAUCCUUGAUGCAGCUAUGGCGGAAGAAAGGCGUCAGAAGCAGUGUUCGGUCGUCCUCCCCACAGAGUCCAUGAAGGCGAUGGCAGAGUCUGUGGGAGUGGGCCAGCUACAGGAGGACAGCUGCUCAGCCCUAAGUGAAGAGGUCAGCUACAGAAUUAAAGAAAUUACACAGGAUGCUUUGAAGUUUAUGCAUCACGGAAAGCGACGUAAACUAACCACCAAUGACAUUGAUAAUGCCCUGAAACUUAAAAAUGUGGAGCCCCUGUAUGGAUUCCAGUCUCAAGAGUUUAUCCCAUUUCGUUUUGCAAGCGGUGGUGGAAGAGAACUUCAUUUCUAUGAGGAGAAGGAAGUGGACCUUAGUGACAUUAUUAACACACCACUGCCCAGAGUUCCACUAGAUGUGUCGUUAAAAGCCCACUGGUUAAGUAUUGAAGGGAUUCAACCUUCUAUUCCUGAAAAUCCACCACCAGCACCAAAAGAGCAACAAAAAGCUGAGUCUACGGAACCCCUCAAAGUUGUCAAACCCGGCCAAGAGGAAGAGGGUACAAUUCAAGGCAAGAGUCAGGGUACAUCGGCUGAUGGUAAAGGAAAAGAAAAGGGUCCAAUAAGGCUCAAACCUCGCAGCACCCAUGAGCUUUCUGUGGAACAGCAGCUCUACUACAAGGAGAUCACUGAAGCAUGUGUUGGCUCCUGUGAAGCCAAAAGAGCUGAAGCCUUGCAAAGUAUUGCCACAGACCCUGGACUGUAUCAGAUGCUUCCAAGAUUCAGCACCUUCAUUUCGGAAGGAGUUCGUGUUAAUGUGGUGCAAAACAACUUGGCUCUCCUGAUUUACCUCAUGCGGAUGGUCAAAGCACUGAUGGACAACCCCACUUUAUACUUGGAAAAAUAUUUGCAUGAACUGAUCCCGGCUGUGGUGACAUGCAUUGUGAGCAAGCAGCUGUGCUUGAGACCAGAUGUUGACAACCACUGGGCUUUACGUGACUUUGCAGCUCGUCUCAUGGCACAGAGUUGUAAAACCUUCAGCACCACGACCAACAACAUCCAAUCUCGCAUCACUAAGACUUUCACUAAGAGCUGGCUAGACGACAAAACCCAGUGGACCACACGAUACGGCUGUAUUGCCGGGCUUGCUGAAUUGGGACCUGAUGUGAUAAAGACGUUGAUCCUUCCUCGACUUGCUGUAGAGGGCGCUCGCAUCAAAGCGGUGAUGGAAGGACCGGUGAUCUCCAACAUUGAUAAGAUUGGGGCAGAUCAUGUUCAAAGCCUUUUACUGAAACACUGUGCCAGUGUCAUUGCCAAGAUACGACCUCCACCUGACAAUGUAGAACAAUAUCGGACAGACUACGGUUACCUCGCACCCAUGCUGUGCUCCCAUGUAGUGAAGGCCAGGACCCAAGCUGCGAUGCAGGCCCAGCAAGUCAAUAGAACCACAUUAACAAUAACACAGCCUCGUCCAACCCUCUCUGUCUCUCAAAGCGGACUCGGUGGAUCGACAGGUCCUCGCACUCCCAGCAUCAUUAAGGUUCCAAGUUCUCUUACCCUUAUGUCACCAAGACCGGGGACUCCAUCACAGCCAUCGCCCCCUGCAACUAAGUAUUUUGUUAUGGGAACCAGUGCCGGAUCUGCCUCAACACAGCAGCAGGUAAUCACCAUCAGCUCUUCCCAGUCAGCCUCGACAGUUACCAGCACUGUACCCAGCGCCACUUCGACCUUGCAGCCCUUGGUGAAAUUGGAACCUGGCAGCGGCCCGGCACUUCCAAGUUCACGACCCAUGCAGAAAUACAUAGUGGUGUCACUGCCUUCGUCUGCCUCUUCUACCAUGGAGAAUAAGAGCUCUGUGAUACCAACUCCCAUUUCCUCAACACUAGAAACUGGGCUGAAGACCGACCGAUCGGAGUCUCCUGGUGCGAGUACACAGUCACCACACUGACGUUUAUCACAAGAGAUUACAUUUAUUUGGGCUAAAACAAAAACUCUGGAGUGUUGACUGUAAUGUGUAAAUAUGUUAAUGCACAACAAUGAGUCACUCAGUGGCAUUUCAGAUGUUGACUCAAACUGAUGACAUGCGCUUUUUUUAACUCAAAAAAUAAAUUUGACUUUGUAUUUCUA